CUCCUCUACACACUUGACGAUAUCUCGACACUACGGCUACAUCUCACGCGCGCGCCGCAUCUUCGUGCUCCAGCGCUCCUACUCAUUGCCGUCGGAUCAAAGCACCCUCGACACACACGACACGACGGGUUCUCGUGACCCGUGACCCCCCCACCCGACUUGCCGACAUCUCAUACAAGAGACGAUACCUUGUCGAUCCCCCGCACCCCUUUUGCCCCUUCCCAUCGCAUCGCGCGCGCUGCUCACCGCCCGUCGCUCGCGCACACAACACCACGACGCGCAACAGCACCUCCCAAUUCUUCUUCUUCAACUUGGACGACACCGCGUCUACAGACGGUGGCUGGUCGCGCGUUAACGGGAACGACGACACUGCGUUGCACGUGCUAGUGGACCUGCCCGAACAGCCUCAACAGCCGUGCCCAUGCCGUUCACAUCAACAGACCGCGGGAGCGGUCGAGUCGACGUCCAGUAUGUCCCCGGCAAGGAAUCGUACCCAUCCAUCACCGAAUCGGUCGAGCUGUUGGGCGACCUGUCCGUCUUUUGCGAUCCAGACGCCUCUCGCACAAUCAUCUCAAUCUUCGUCGGUCGUCGCCUCGGAGCAGGAGGAAUGACCAAGCGACAGGUGGCCGAACAAGUCGACUACCUCCGACGACUAGCUCCGCAACACGGGUCUACCAUCAAGCAGAUUCGGAAAUCGUACGGGCUACUCCCUGCCCAGCUCGACGCGCCAGGAACAGGCGGCCCCUACACGAGCGACUCACCAAACUCGUCGUCGGCGACCCUGCCACCCGGAAUGCAGUCAAUAUCGCGCGCACGCAAUCUGUUCCGGCGCGCAUCGUCGGGGGAGAACACGCCGCAGGUUCAGUCGGCGGCACCGACGCCAGCGACUGGCCGCAGUCCAGGUACCAUGUCGAGUGGCAGAAUGUCGACCGCGCUUCCUGUCCCUGUGCUCGACACUAUCCACGACCCACCAGCCGUGGAAGUUACACCGGCAGCCGACCCACGGGUGUACGCCCACCACGACCCGGCAUCUACCACGUCCGCUGCUGCAGUGGAGGCCCGCGCGGCCCGUGAAGCGCGGAGACAGGCGAGGCACUCGACUGGGCAGCCAGACGCCGACGCGCCACGAGAGCGGCGCGCGCCGCCACCGUACGGGCCCGAGGACCUCAUCUCGCGGCUGCACGCCAAGCUCGAGGAGAUGGAGGAGCAGAUGCGCGAGCUUAACGUCGAGAAUGCCACGCUGCAGGCGCGCCUCGACAGCUCGACCAUGCAGACCGAGACGAUGCGCCUCGAGCUCGAGAAGCGGGUGGCCGAGGCCGAGGCGCGAGCCGAGAAGGCCGAGCUCGAGCGCCGACUCGCCGUCGCUGAGGCAAAGGUCGCGAUGCAUGACCUCGAGAAGCGGUUGUCUACGGGCCGAACCCCGACACCGCCGCCGAGCGACAAGUAGAGGGCAUAGGAUUGAGAGGGUGAUUGGGUGUUUAAUAAUUUUCGACGUGGCAUGGGCCAUGGCGCUUUACACGUUGUAUGCAUGUAUUGGGGCUGAAUG